GCAAUAUGGUUAGUGAAAGCUGCAUGGGAUGCUAUAAGCACAGAAACUUUAAAAAAUUGUUGGCGUCAUACUGGAAUCUUACCUAGCCAACAUCUUGUUAAAAUUUUCUCAGAAUUGGAACCAAAGCCUAAUAAAGACCCUGAAGCUCAAAUCAUUCAAAUUCCUGAAAUUAUUACAACUCAACAUGAGGCCCAAGAAGUUAUUGACCUAACUGAAGACCCCCACCUUCGACGACUCACCCAAGACUAUCUUGAUGAUGAUGAGCCUAUUGAGACUGAAGAAGCUUUGGAUGAUGAACGAAUCAUAGAAUUGGUUAAAAACCCAAUUGUUAAUGAUAAUAGGUCUGAUGACCAA